AACUUGAAAGAGAGAGAGAGAGAGGAGAGUGUAUGUGACAUUCCACCUAGGGGUCUUUCCAUGGCAUCUACCUUUAUCGGGAAUUCAACCUCCAUUCAGGAAAUGUUCAGGAGAGUGAGUGAGCAGUUCACUGCUAUGUUCAGGAGGAAGGCUUUCUUGCAUUGGUAUACAGGGGAAGGAAUGGAUGAAAUGGAGUUCACGGAGGCUGAGAGCAACAUGAACGAUCUUGUGUCUGAGUACCAGCAGUACCAGGAUGCUACUGUUGAUGAGGAGGGUGAAUAUGAGGAUGAGGAGGAAAGAGGAAGACACUGUUGCAGUGCUUUAUACCCCUGUUCCUGGGGCAACUCCAGUUCCAUUCUUUUUCUCAGAUAGAGAAACAGAUAAAUU